AUGAAUCAUCCUAUCGGGAGUGUGCAAGCUUCAUCCUUGUUCAAUAUUAAUAAGAAGGAACAAAUCAGCAAGGAAUUGACUAGAUACUUCACCCCUGCUUUCCAAUCCUACAAGCAAAGUUAUAGACCAUCAAGCUUGACUAUUGCCUCUAUUAUUUUGAGAGGAAUCAAGGAUUCAAAGAUUGCUGGAGGAACUCAAGCUUCAUCCCAUGAAUUUCCCUUCCUCGUCUCAAUUCAAUCAUCUUCAAGGCAACACUAUUGUGGAGGUUCUUUGAUUGCUCCAAAUUUUGUCCUGAGUGCAGCUCACUGUUUUGUUAGUGGAACAACUGUUGAUAAUCCAACGACUGUCUACAUCUUGCCAGGAUCCAAUGACAGAACAUGUAGUACUUGUACCAGAUAUAGAGGAAAGGCUAUCACAGUUCAUCCAAAUUAUGAUGAGCAAACUACAAGAAAUGAUAUUGCUAUUCUCGAAUUACAAUCAUCUAUUCCAGUAGAUGGAACAUUGGUCAAGUUGGCUAAGGUUGAAGGAGGUACUUAUCCAAUUGAUGGUUCUAAAUCAUUGACAGUAUCUGGUUGGGGAUAUACAACUGGUACAAGUCUUCCUACAAUGUUGAUGAAGACAAACGUUGUUGUCAACCCAGUCAGUGUUUGUCUUUUGCUUGAUAUGAUUACUCCAAAUCAAAUUUGUGCAGGAGGAAACGGUCAUGACUCUUGUGCUGGAGAUAGUGGUGGCCCAUUAUUCAGAGUGGAUUCCUCAAAUGAUUUUAUUGUCUUGGGAAUUGUAAGCUAUGGAGAUGAUGGAUGUGGAGAGGCUCAAACCUAUAAUAAUAAGGGUGUCUAUACAAACACCACUCAUUACCUAUCAUUCAUCAAGUCUGUUGUACCUUCUGUUGGAGUAAAAUCUUACUCUGUUGUUACACCUAGCUCACUAUCCACACCAACAGUGAAUAACACGACAAAUACAACCACCAUUUCCAACAAUACUAACACACCAACAGUGAAUAACACCACUAAUACAACCAGCAGUAAUAAUGGUGCAAGUAAUUCGACCACCAAUAGCAAUUCAAGUAUUUCUGUAAACAACUCAACAAGCAAUUGUACUGCUUCGAAUUGUACUUUAACAAAUAGUAACACGACUAUUAACUCAAACAGUUCAAUACCUCUUCCCAUCCCAACACCAAUACCAAGUCCAUCAACACCAAGUCUCAGUAAUUCAACAUCAAAUAGCUCACACUGGUUCAAUAGUACCAGUAGUAAUUCUACGAAAAAUUCAACUACAACCUUUCUGGGUCCAAACGGAUCAAACAUUGCCUCACCUUAUUUCCAUUACAUUAUUUCAACAUUAAUCAUGUUAUUUAUUAGUACAUGUUUCAAUAAUUUUGCAACUAUUUAA